AUGCCAUUCCAAGAAAUAGCCUUCCGCGCGGAACUUGACCGCCAUGAGGAUCCAGAGUUCGAGUACCAGGCGAGCAUACUCUGUGAGGAGGACGCCGCGGCGCGCGCCGACCGCGUACAGCUACUGAGGAAUAUGAUUUAUGAGCGUGGUGAGUGUGUCCCACCUCGUAUGGACGACGCGUUCUUGUUGAGAUUCCUCCGCGCUCGUCGCUCCAUACCCGCGCGCGCGCACCGCCUCAUGGUUCGUUAUUGUAAAUUCCGUGAGCAGCAUCCUCAUCUGUGGAAAAACGUCUAUUGGUACAGCUUGUCGAAGCUGGGUGAAACCUUCGAGGGAGUUCUCUUUGACAGACCGGAUGUCGGAAGACUUAUUAUCUGCCGUUUAGGUCAAUGGAACCCGGACAUAUACCCAGCUGACGAUCUCAUUCGCGGUUGUCUCUUGUCCCUGGAGAUAGGCAUCAUGCAACCGAAGCUCCAGGUUCUAGGCGGAACAGCUAUAGUAGACUGCGAGGGGAUCACCAUGAAGCAUAUGAGACAGUUGUCACCAUCGAUUGCUGUUCAAGCUAUGAAUAUCAUGGGGUUCUCGUUUCCUCUCCACCAACGCGGUGUUCACAUCGUGAACUGCUCGCGGUGGUUCGAGAAACUGUUCCAUUUGUUGAAACGUUUCGCUCCUGCUGACGAGUUGUGGAGGAAGGUCUACUUCCAUGGAUACGAGUAUACAUCUUUACAUAGGUACAUCGACCCCGAGUGCCUCCCAAAGAGAUACGGCGGCCACCGCGAGUCCGUCUCGGUUAGAGAUUGGCUCACAAAAAUAAAACAGUAUAAGAACAAACAGUUCGACGACGACAUCAGCUGUUUGGGAUAUGCCAUAGAUUAA